UUUUUCUCCGAUAGGUGGAGCCAAAUGUCGAGUUCGGAUUAAUUUGUUCACAUUUGUUGAUUGUUUUUCUUGUUAAAUUGUUAAUUGUUUCAAUUAAUUUAAUUAUGUGUUCUAAUCUUGAAGAUGAUAUUCCGGUUGCUUUAGCAAAACUAAAAUUGGAUUCUCUUCAAUAUUGUAAAAAAUGUCAAGGAAAACCUUUUGUUGUAUUACAAAGAAAGGAUGUUUUCUGUCGGGAUUGUUUCUAUGAAUAUUGUUCACAUAAAUUUAGAUCGACAAUUGGUAAAUCAAGGAAAGUUAAACCAGGUGAUCAGGUAUUAAUCGCUUUCUCUGGAGGAGCAAGUUCAUCCGCUAUGAUUGACUUGAUUAAAGAUGGACUAACCAAACCUAAUGAUCAUAAAAAAUUACUCUUCCAACCAACUAUUUUAUACAUUAGAGAGCUUAAUUACAUCAAUGAAGAUGACAACGUUAUUAGGACUAAAGAGCAAGAGAUUAUUGAUAAACUUGUUGAAUCAAAUCUUCCAGUUAUUGUUUCGUCGAUUGAAAUGUUUUACCAAGAAGAUGAUUUACCUAAAUUUGUAAAUUUGAGUGAUUACAUUGACCAUACCAAAGAGAAUCCAGUUAAUUGUGAUAAAUGUCGAUCCAAACUAACCGAUAAAAUCGUUAGUAUUACAACGGAUACCGGAAAGGAAGAUCUUAUAAGAAUCAUCAAGCAACAAUUAAUUCAACAAAUUGCUUCCCAGUCUAACUUUAAAUACAUUUUCCUUGGUAACACAAGCACCAAAACAGCCAUUCAAAUGUUCACUGAUUUAGCCUUAGGAAAAGGAAGUCAAAUCACAUCAGAACAUUCUUUCAUUGAUAAUAGAUUUUCAGUUGAAAUUCUCAAGCCAAUGAGAGAAUUCAUCAAAAAAGAGAUUACUUUUUGGAAUAUCAUGAGAGGAAUUAAGUCCACUGAAUGGUCAACAAUCACCACAAUUAAGGGAACUAAAUCAAGUUUAACAAAAUUAACUGAAAAUUAUAUCAACGGACUUGAACAUGAUUUUCCUGCAACAGUUUACACAAUAUUCAAAACUGGUAACAAAUUAAAACAUCCAGACCCAAAUGGAUUCAAAUGUUUAAUGUGCCAGUCUUUAAUUGAUUUGGAAUCAAAAUGCUCUGCAGCCAAUGCACUCCAAUUAUCUCACCAAUUGUCAAAAAAUUUACCACCCGAGGAAGAUAAUCAAAAUGCAAAAAAUCUUUGCUAUUCUUGUAACAAUUUAGCUUCUGAAAUGCGACAACAAUUUGUUAAUCAAUCAAACUCAACUCCAUCAAAAUUGGGAAUCGACAAAUAUUUGUUAUAAUUUGUGUUUUAUUCAAAUUACAAGUUUACAAAUUGAUCAAUCAAUUUAACUUACAAAUAACGAUACCAAUUGAUUAAUUAUUGUUGAGAUGUUGUUCAAUUUGUGUUUGCAAUUGUUGAAUCAGAAAGUUAAUUGUAAUUCAGGCUAAAUUCAAAUUGCAUUGAGUUAUAUAUAAAUUUAGGUUUAUUUUUAAAAGAAAGUGUUACAACUAAGUGACAUUGAGUUAAGAGAAGAGUCAAAAACCUCAUUAUCAUUACAAUCGACUUAUUUUACUUUCAUUUAUUAGGCCAAGAUCAACAAUCAGGAAGAUUUAAGUUAAUUCAGGUUAACUAACCAUGUUACAAGGUCAAUAUGGGUUGAAUCAAGGGUAAUUCAGUUCAAUUGAUCACCUAAAUAUCUGAUUCGAGGUUAAAAUGAGCCCAGCCCUUGAACUUUUUCAAUUACGAUCAACUUGGCCUACAAAACAACAACCAAAUUAAUCGCAAUUAACUUAACCACCUCCUCCCCAUCACUUUUACCAUUCAUUUUCAAGGUUUACUUAUUAAUCCUCCUUUUUUUUAAUUAUCCUCAUUUCUCCUCCUUCUCAUUCAUAUAAAACAUUUAAUUUCAAACAAUUGAACGACAUUCAUCUUAUUCUAGAUGAACAAUUAACUUGAUCAACUAAUAAUCAAUCAAAUGAAUAAUAUUUGUUUCUGUGUCUUUCCAAUCAAAUUGUAUUCUAAUUUGUUUUCUAGCUUCAUUUAGAUCUUAAUUAUCCAGUUAAUUGUUGUACCCUGAUGUUCAAAUAAGUUGAUUGAAAACAACUGAGUGCAAAUGAAAAACCUUGAAUUAAUUUUCAACAAUUGAAUUUAUUAAUUGUAAGGAAAAACAAAAGAAUCCAAAAUGUUGGUGAUCAAUUAUUAAUCAAUUUGAUUAUUAUUCUUGUUGAGACUUGAUUAUAAAUACAAUGUAAACAUUGUGAACAUCCAAUCAAUGGGAAAACUAUGAUUAAAAUGAAACAAUUAAAGGUAUGAAAAUGUAAUACGACAAAUAAUUAACUCUUUUUUUCUGGACUGAAUUAUCCUUGAUUAACGUUGUUGUGGUCAAACAAUUAACACACUGGAUCCGAUUUUCCUCAAUCACAAUUGAUUAUAAACAAAAAAGGUGAUCACUUGAGUUUGGCACAAAUUGAUUGUUGAUUGUUGAUCAUUAAUCAUCUCAUUUGGGACUAACACAAUUAUAAACAAUUCCCAUACAACCCAAUGAACCAAAAGCAAUUAACAAAACAGCAUAGGCACCAAAUAGCCAACCCAU